AUGUCAGAUUGGGAUACAGGAUGGGAGCAUAAAGCCAUCUCAAGACCCUUAAUUUUAUGUCAAUUGCAAAUUCAGUACUCCUACUCCCUACCCGGCUCUCCCUCCUUCCUCAUUGUCCAUCCGAUUCUUCAAGCAACACCGUUUUUGGAUUUGACACCUUCUAUCCCGCUUCCAUCUGCCUACUUUCUUGCAAAUUACAACGGUCCUGUUUCUGGCAUUGCUAAGCAAUUCCGGGAGUCCUUGCGAGGUUUGGGUAUUGGCGAUUGGGAAGGUCACUGUGUGCCUUCGAAAGACCCGCAUCGCCCUGCACAUGGCCCGUCUGUCAAUAAUUUUGGUCAAACACCGAGUUUCAUCAUAGGUUGGAUUAAAGUGGAGAAUAAACAAGGUGAAGACAAGGGUAUAACCAUUAUAUACCCAAGCAGCCUCUGUCUCUCCUACAUGCCAUCGUCUUGCCCUCGUCCGCUGGAUUACAUCCCUGAACUGCCUACGCCCCUCCAACCAUCGCCGCAAGUCCCGCCCGCCACUCCCUCUAUUUUUUCUUCUUUAUCGCCUAGCGACACAGGGGAAUUAUCAAGCUUCUAUGCAGCGCGCCUUCCCAUCCCCGUAUCCCCGACCUGCGACUCCCUUCGAUCUUUCCGAACAUUGACAUUGUCAAAGUCGAAGGAUAUCCGGCAAGCUGCGACUGAAAUUGGCAGCUAUGUCGACGCUGUUGCGCGCGAUCGAGAACGAGAACGGGAAAGAUUGAGGAGAGAGCGAGAAGUUGGCACUAGCUCUUCACCCAAAAUAUCCCGUUCAGUAACAUCAACCUCAACCUCGGUUUCUAUGCCCGUUGAAAUGGAUAUCACAAAUCCAGCUGCCCCCACGGUUCUGCCAACUAACCCAAGCCAGCAUUCGGCUUAUCCUCCUGCUCAAAGCUUCUAUCCAUCACCACCUCAAAUCAAUCCCACGAUAGUCCCCGGCUCUGACAGCAAAACUUCACCCGUGGCUAGAACUGAAGCACUCCCUCUAACCGAGACAUCUUCAUCGUGUACUCCUGUAGAAGCCCAGUUCAAUGAAUCCGCCCCUACAUCUGCUGUUUCUGGUACCUAUGAUCCUUUUGGAAACAUGGACGGCGCUUGGUCACAGUCUGGGGCCUCUUAUCUAGAUGCGGACAUCGACAUGGAUUUCGGAAUGGAUCUGGACAUGGGGUUUAACAUGAACAUGAACUCUAUGUCUGGUGGAGGUAGAAGCGGCGCGUAUAAUGAUCGGGACGGGAUGGACUUUGAGGAUGCUUUUACCGACGAUGACUUCAGUUUUUUUGACCGUCCAUCCCGACCAAGUGCUGUGGCUCUUCCGUCUGCUUUUUCGUCGACGAACUUCUCACAAAGCCACCAUUCUCCUGAUAACGCCGGACCCAGUUUACCUGUCCCUGCGAGUCAGAUGCUACUUGGAAAUUCCCCAUUUUCUGCAAUGCAUGGAGAUGUUUCAAAACUACCUCAAUACACCCCCGCAUCUCACUCCUCAGUCUGGACUCCUGGCGUAUCCACAGAAGAAUCGAUACACCGACAACAUGACCACCCUGAUUUUAAACUGCCAGAACUCCUUCCAUCUUCUUCUGCACAGACACCAGAGAGUCAUUCUGCCCCACCAACUCCAAAUGUAAUUUUAGAGUUUGACCCAGUCAUCCGUCGACCAACGACAAGCACCGGGUAUUCGAGCCCUUUUGAACCUAUUCCCUUCGCACAACACCACAGAGCUGCUGAUCAUAAGUACGCUCAGGGCAAAUUUUCCCUCUCGAGUUCUAAUGAAGAUGAUCGCGCGGAAUUCUUGUUUAAUUACCUACCGUCAUCCCCAAACGGAUCCAAUGGCUGGAGGCUGCGUUACGAUGCUGUGACGGACCCCCGCAUUGGUGUCGUCCGUAAACUCAUUGGUGUCAAGCGCAAAACCCCUUUUGGUCAUACCGAAAGGCGUAGCGGGAAGUUGUCCCUGUGGAUUCGAUCCCAUGAGGAUUGGGAGCUACCAAACGAUGAAGAGGGGGUGGACGAUCAAUCGGAGUUAGAGUCUGAGGACGGGGACGUUGGUGACAAUGAAAGCCCUCUCAUGUCAAGACCUGUAACACCUCCACCUGCCUAUCUUCCACUCGGGCCAAGUUUGCUUCAUACUCAGUUCCAUCAUUCAGAGUUACUUCCCCUCAGUGUGCCCCUCCGCCCUCCCGGUGCAGCUGUGGCACCUACGAAUCUUACAGCAUCAGCACCUUUGCCGUCGGUACCAACGCCUGUUUCCCCAGCAGUCACUAUGGGCGCAGCUUCGGAAAAGUCUAAGUCGUUGGAGGCUGCAGCAUUUGCGAUAGCUGCGGAGGUUGUGGAAAACCCACUUUGGGCAGAGGCUUGGCGCGCCAAUACAGGACCGAAAGAUGCGUCGGAUGUGUGGGCGGCAGACAUCAGAGCUGUUGCUGAACUUCUCGAAGAUGCUCCCAAUCUCGAAGGGCUCAUUGAUGUGGCCUCUCUCUUUGGUCUUGAGAUAUCCAGUGCCCGUCCCCAUACUUUCCACCCACUCGAGGCUCCUAUGAUCACCGUUGGGAAAGGCGAAGCGGUGAUUCAUAUUCUGCCCCCUGCCCUCCACUUCUGGGAAAAACUUGGCCUUGGUCCGAAAGGGGGGCCAAAAGACAUCUUGGGAUAUGUUCUUUUCGAAGAUGGUGGAGAGCAGCGUGAAAGACAGGUAGAAAGUUGGUUGGAAAGGACCGUGGCUGCUUAUCGGGGGAAACAUUUUGGUACGUUGAACCCAGGUCCCGACUGCUUCGUCAAUGGUCUUGUGACCUUGCGGUACGAUUCAACCUUUCGCAAGAGCCUUGCAUCCUUCAUCGGGAAUCUUGAUUUAUCUGAAAGGCCCGUUGUGGUUUUCAUUGUACUUCCUGCGACUAUCAUGACAUUGGUGUCUCCCAUCCUUCGACAAGUUCUUUCAUUCCUGAGCAGAACCCACUUUCACACUCGCAAGGCCACUCUACAGCAAAGUGACAUUUAUCGUUACACCAUGCUCCACGUCGCAUACCAUGUCACCGCUUGUGGAAAGUGGAUUCUGGCGGCAUGCACCGAUGAAAGGGGUGAGGCAUACGACUUGAAUGUGUGGCUCACACAGUCCCCCAGCGAGCAGGAGGGUGAAACGGAGAUUUCCGAUGAAGUCUACAUGGUUAGGAAAGUUUGGGACUUUUUCAUGCAAUUUGCCAGAAGGGCAGACACAGAGUGGAGGUUAGUGAUAUCAAAGCUUGGGACAAUGAAGGAAAGUGAAAUGCAUGCUUGGACUGAGCAUUUAACCACUGCUUUGGAGCUGUCAAUACCUCCUCUGCAUGCCUCCAUUAUAUCCGUGGAACCAGAUGCACCUUGGUCAUUUGUUACCUCUCGGGUCAAUCCUUCCUCCCCAUCUCGUCGGACGGCCCAACACCGCCCAUCUUCCUCCACCAAGCACCAGGUCAUAUUGACUGAUGUCUCCGCAACGACGUACGCUAUCUUCCCGACGAGUCAAAUGCCGAUGUCGCUUGCUGCCUCGUACAAGAAUCUCGGGGUCUCAUUGUCCUUCGUUCCUGAACCUCCUUCCCCAGCAAAUCCCACCUCACCAGCUGCAUCUCCGCUUUUCGUCAACUCAAUACCGGCAUCACAAUACCAUAAUUUCAAUUCCGAUUGCGUAGCCACUCUACGGACAGACCAAGAACCUCAUCGGUUAGCAUUUAUUCCACGCUCUACAUCAACUCUCAUUCGCAUUCCCAAUACGCCAUCCCAAACGUCUGUCAGCAUGCUCCACAUAUAUCUACUUCAUACGCUUCAAUCCCCGCACUCUUCCUCAGUCUCCCUGCCCGACGAAUCCAAGCUACACGUUGCUAUCACACGAAACUUUCAUGACCUUGCUGUUCUGUCGAAAAUAAGAUGGAAUUUAGACGCCAACCCGCUUUUACCAUUCCACCUGGCGGCCGUGGAUGCGAUGCGCAUAUCUUUGGAUCGGGAUUGGGACAGGCUAGACGGCGUCGUUGAUUCCUAAACACUUCUAAGUCUUGCAUUUCUUUUCGUUCUUGUUCAUUGCUGGUUCUCUAGAUCUUGUACGUCCAAAACAUUAUACCUUUGUACGUUAUUCCCCCAAUCUCGCUAUCGCUAUCGUCGUAUUGUAAUUAAUUCGGCAAAUUUGUGUUGUAUAUUCUCAAAUGCUAACAAGUUACGCCGUGUC